AUCCUGGUCGGGUGUGUCCUCGUGUCCAUGUCCCUCCUCUCUCCACUUCCUAUUGGACUGCUAUAUUUAGGAAAGCAGCCUGCUCUUUAUAAAGAGACCAGAGCAGCUGGAGGGUUACUGUUAAUGAUCUGGAGGAGGUGGUCGACGGGACGAGGCUGGGUUCAGACUAUAAAGGACGGUAUAAAGGACAGGAGGACGGAAGGACAGUAUAAAGGACAGGAGGAGAGAAGGACAGCUGUGUUUUUAGAGAUCAGAGACAGGUCGGAGGAUAGAUAAUGACGGACAUCCGGAAGAAGCUGGUGGUGGUCGGAGACGGCGCCUGUGGGAAGACAUGUCUCCUGAUUGUCUUCAGUAAGGACGAGUUCCCGGAGGUCUACGUCCCCACUGUCUUCGAGACAUACGUGGCGGACAUCGAGGUGGACAACAAGCAGGUCCUUCUGGCUCUGUGGGACACCGCGGGACAGGAGGACUACGACCGGCUGCGUCCUCUGUCCUACCCGGACACUGACGUCAUCGUUAUGUGCUUCUCCGUGGACAGCCCGGACAGCCUGUCCAACAUCCCGGAGAAGUGGGUCCCCGAGGUGAAACACUUCUGUCCCAACGUGCCCAUCGUCCUGGUGGCCAACAAGAAGGAUCUGCGCGGCGACGAGGCGGUGAGGACAGAGCUGUCCAGACUGAAGCAGGAGCCGCUGAAGACAGAGGACGGACACAGCAUGGCGGCGCGGAUCGGAGCCUACCAGUACCUGGAGUGUUCAGCCAAGACCAAGGAGGGCAUCUGGGAGGUGUUCGAGACCGCCACCAGGGCCAGUCUGCAGAAGAGGAAAGUCCAGUCUGGAGGGUGUCUCAAAUGUUGUGUUCUGAUGUGAAGACACCAUGGAGAGCUGGAGCUGUCUGGAGAAGCUUUACGCACAGCUUUACGCACAGCUGGACAUGUUUUACGCGCAGUGGAGGAAUGCCCUGAUCACAUUCACACCUGGAGGCUGCCCAGUAAAACCACAGUCUGAUCUGCUGGUCACUGAGCUGCUCCACUGGAGCAGUUGGGGAUAAGUGCCUUGCUCAAGGGAACAUCAGUGGUGGUAAUGAGGGAGGGGUAUUUUCACUUUCCCCACCCAGAUUUAUCCGCGGGAUUGAACCGGCGAUCUUCCGGUCUCAAGCUCGCUUCUCUAACCUUUAGGCCACCACUGCCAUUUGACCUCUGAUAUCGGGGUGUCUGUCUGACAGGUGGAGGGGGUGAAAAGGACAAUGUGGACAUGUCCUCUCCAAAAACGGUCAUGCUUACGAGCCCAAGGUUUAAAAUUGCUCACUUUUUUUGUGUUUGCAUAUAUAGGGCACUGCCUUAUUGCCAAGGUUUAUAAUAAGCAAAGCAGUUAACAAAUAAUUAUUUAUGUCCACUUUGUAUUGUAAAAUUGCACAUGCAGUAUCUGGACACUUAGAAGAAGUUGGGAGUCGUGGGUUUGGAUACUCCGUUAUUAUCACACGACCUUGCUCCAAGCAAAAACGAAAUGACUGCAAAACAAGAUGUUUUUUGAACACACUUGAAGGAUCAUCUGAUAUCUGAUGUGUGUGUGUGAGAGAGAGAAACGAACUGGUUACAGCAUGCCCUCUGUGGGUCACAUGUCUGUCUAACAGGUGGAGGGGGUGAAAAGGACAAUGUGGACAAGUCCUUUCCAAAAAAGGUCCUGCUUACGAGCCCAAGGUUUAAAAUUGCUCACUUUUUUUGUGUUUGCAUAUAUAGGGCACUGUCUUACUGCCAAGGUUUAUAAUAAGCAAAGCAGUUAACAAAUAAUUAUUUAUGUCCACUUUGUAUUGUAAACAAAAAAAGAGUUUGUGAAAUUGCACAUCUGGACACUUAGAAGAAGUUGGGAGUCAAAGGAUGCUCAUCACGGUGUUCUGUAUAGUUUUCUUCUGAUGUUUUACGCCAUUUUUUUGAAUAAAGACACAGCAUAUACAGUUAAAUAAUAAAUCUCAGGUUUGUUAGUUGGAACCAAAAAGUAUGUUUUCAACUCCACACUAAAAUAGUUUUUAUGCAACAGGCCAUUAAAAGGUCUAAUAAGAGAUUGGCCAGCCAGCCUUGAAAAGGGGCAAACCAUGUUGUCCAGUUUUGUUACAGUUAAAUGUACAAACAGUUCCUGCUUCUAUACCAGAAAUGUUGUGCUUUUGCUGGUGGCUACAAUAACUCCAAUAAAGAGGUGCUUUUUGAUCACAAAACGAUGCAAUAAAAAGCUGCACAAACACAUUAUAGCCUGAAAAUAAUCCGAGGAGGGGAUGAUUUGUCCUCACAUCUCACCUGAAACUAAAUCAUCUGAAGCACCUACAGUAAACCUCACCGGGGCUGCACAAUAUAUCACGGAAAAUAUUAAUUAAAAACCAAUACUGUGUUUUUGAGAAUCAAUACAGCAUCUCAAAACAUAAUAUCGCAAUACUUUCUUACACCCCUAUGUGAUAAGCGAUAACAUUGUUGAUAUUACUUGCGAUAAAUAAACAGAUAUUAAAGUUUACUCAGUUGUGCUUCUUUCAGUAUUCUGCUAUAAAAUAACAAAUUCUUUGUUGAAUUGAAAAACUGAAAGGAAAUUAUUUUAUUGAACAAAAAAGGCACCAAUAAACAAAAACAAAAAAUUAGUAAUCACAUUUUAAAGUGCUGUUUUCUACUGAAACUCUCUUUCAACUAACUAAACAGAAUCCUACAAUAUCGCAGUCUUUCACGAUGUGUUUAUCGCGCAAGUUGACAUAAUAAUAAUAAACGAUAUAUUGUGCAGCCCUAAAUCUCUCCAUGUUUCUGAAAUCUAGCCGUCUCAACACAUAUCUCCAAACACUUUGAAAGACCUGUUGGACAUUUUCUAUUUAGCUACGGCUUCAUUUCCCAGUUCAUAUUUCCGAGAGCAGAUGGAGCAUGUGAGACGGUUUAAGCAUGUGAGCGCUUCGCUCAGUGAUUUUUUUAGAAAGUGUCAUGAAAAGAAAGUCUGUGUCCAAGCUCUGUGAGCCAGCAGCACAUGAUGCAUAUGAGUGUGGCUAUUAAAACAAACAUGAUGGAAUUGUAUCAUUAUGUUAUGUUAUUAAAAACCACAAUCGUAUAAUAAUUACAUAAACAAAAGGGUAUCCUUUUGAUUAAAACACUAGAUAAGUGUGUUUACAGCUGAAUUAUGAUAGAGAAACACAUCUUAAUGUCUUCCAUUAUGACCGUGAAUGUACCUCAGACUUAUUUGGUCGAACAUAUUGUUUGAAGUUAAUAACAGAAAUCAACAUAUUGGAGCAAUUUUCCCACACUUGUGUGAUGAACUCUCGUUUGAUCUCCACAGGGGUGUAAGAAAAUAUUGAGUAUUGUGAUAUGUUGUGUGAUUCUGUAUCGAUCCUCAAAAACACAUUUUUAAUUAAUAGUUUACAUGCAAAGAUGAACUCAGUCAAUACUUUAUUUCAUUUGCAAAGAGAUGCUUUGAGAAGUUUAGUUCCUACAGUGUGUGGAGAGCAACAAUUUGGCCAAAACAGCAACAACACACUAACAGAUUCUAUCAUCAACAACAAGAGUCCCGACCAAAAUUAACGGAAAUCUCUCGUGAUCAAACGUGAACAAACAUGGCGGACGACGGGCGGGAAGAAUUAGUGAUGUUAAGUUUUUACUUUGUACUGAAAAUUCACGAAGGAUGGAUGGAUGAAGUCAUGGAGACGCGUUAAAUAAACACUUGUGUGACCUCCAUCUUACUACUACUUUAUGCUUCACGUUUUGCAUCAGCUCGUGCAUUAGCCGCGGCCACCGUGGCGGUGGUUGUUCUUCCUUCAUCAGUCAGCUUGGUUCUCUAUUGGCGGUUUCCCACGUGACUGCGUCAUCGGCUGUCCUCGGGGGUUCCCCACACACAACAGGAGAUCAAAUCGUAAAUAUUAGUAUUUACGAUUUGAAAUCGGAGCAGCCAAAAUCAGCUUAAUUCUCAUGUAGUGUGUAACCGGCAUUAUUUACACGAUGGUGGGAGUACCUGUUUAGAUGACAGCUAUGAAUUACAGAGGGUGUUGCAACACUGGGAAUCCUGAGGGAAAACCCAGAGUUACUCACUUUAAACGUAAUUCCUCUGUGGUUCAUUAAACAUUAAACUAUGUCGAUAAAGUUAAAAAAGUAGCAUCUUUUUUAUAAAUCCAACCAGAGUUACAACCGACGGUGUAAAAGUCACAUUCCUCCUGGCCUUCUGUUGCUGGGCUUUGUGCUGACUUACGGGACAGGAAUGCAUUGUGCUGGACCGGUUCACUUUCCCACAGCGGCCCCCCUCGUGUGCCUCUGAUUUCCAGUGUUGUGAGCUUAUUAUUCACCGAUCAGACACAGCAGUUAUUUCACUCUUGAAGAAUUAAACUAUGGAGAAGAAGAAGGAAAAUGCUGAAAAUGUGCCAAACGUAUUUGUUUGUAAGAGUUUAUCAACUUAUGACCACGUUAAUGUAAUGAAAUGGGUUUGAAUGGAACAAUGGACAUUUUUUUGUGAGGAAAAACAAUCCAGAAUGUAAAAGGAACAAGCGGUACUGUUUUGGGAAAGUCAAUAAAAGAAUCAAUGUGUGUCACCAUC